UGCUUUGAGCACAUCAAAGCUCUGCCUGCAUCAUCUUCUUCCUUCCAACCUUUUUCAUCUUCUUCUCAUAAGCUUGAACUUAGACAGCAAUGGAGACCGGCAUCACGUGCUAUGCACGUGGGAUAGUCCUUCCCGGUGUUUCCUCUAAGCAUUCCUCUACUGCACUUGUCUCUCCACCUUCUAUUUCUCCUUCCUUUAGCUCCAAGAGUCUAAAAUCAAGCUCACUAUUUGGAGAAUCAUUAAAAGUGGUGCCAAGAUCAUCCCUCAAAGUUUCAAAGGUGAAGAACAUCAAUUCUUCUGUUGUGACCAAAUGUGAGAUUGGUGAUAGUCUGGAAGAAUUUUUAACCAAAGCAACUCCAGAUAAGGGACUAAUCAGAUUACUGAUGUGUAUGGGAGAGGCAUUAAGGACUAUUGCCUUUAAAGUUAGAACAGCUUCUUGUGGAGGAACAGCUUGUGUAAAUUCCUUUGGUGAUGAGCAGCUUGCUGUUGAUAUGCUUGCCAACAAGCUUCUUUUCGAGGCUUUGCAGUACUCACAUUUCUGUAAGUAUGCUUGCUCUGAAGAAGUCCCUGAGCUCCAAGACAUGGGAGGCCCAGUUGAAGGAGGAUUCAGUGUUGCAUUUGAUCCACUCGAUGGUUCCAGCAUUGUCGAUACGAAUUUCACUGUAGGCACCAUUUUUGGUGUGUGGCCUGGAGAUAAGCUAACUGGUGUGACAGGAAGGGAACAAGUUGCAGCAGCCAUGGGGAUUUAUGGGCCUCGAACCACCUAUGUUCUUGCCAUUAAGGACAUUCCUGGAACCCAUGAGUUCCUUCUCCUUGAUGAAGGAAAAUGGCAACAUGUCAAGGAGACAACAGAGAUAGGUGAAGGAAAACUCUUUUCUCCUGGAAAUCUCAGAGCAACAUAUGAUAAUCCUGAAUAUGACAAGCUGAUCAACUACUAUGUCAAAGAGAAAUACACAUUGAGAUACACCGGAGGGAUGGUUCCAGAUGUUAACCAGAUAAUUGUAAAAGAGAAAGGUGUCUUCACGAAUGUGAUAUCACCUUCUUCGAAGGCCAAGCUGAGGCUGCUUUUUGAGGUAGCUCCUUUAGGAUACUUGAUUGAGAAAGCUGGAGGAUACAGUAGUGAUGGCUACCAGUCUGUGCUAGACAAGACGGUCAACAAUCUUGAUGACAGGACUCAAGUUGCUUACGGCUCCAAGAACGAGAUUAUCAGAUUCGAAGAAACUCUUUACGGAUCAUCAAGGCUCAAGAGUGGAAUUCCUGUUGGAGCUGCUGCUUAAAUAAUCACAAUACUUUAAUCUUCUUUUUCUUAAUUAUUUUUCUACAUUUUGGAAUAAUAUCCAAGCUGUUUCAUAUCUAAGUUUGUAUGAGACUGAUGAGAUUUUCCAUCAACGGUAAGACCCAGAUUUACAAGUUUGAAAUCUUGGUAACAUUCCAAGUGAUCUUCAAGUCAGCAAGCAUUUUCUUGAGAAUA